AUGCCGGUGGCGGAGCCACACCGGCUGGAUGAGAGGCAGGCGGAGGAGUCUGCGGAGGAAGCCGAGGCCGCGGCUGCAGCGUCAGAGAUCCACCGAGAGGGAGAGGCGUUGGAGGAGGGGGAUGCUGUGGCUGCGGCACCGCCGACUGCAACCCAGGAGGCGCAGGAGCCGGCACAGGGGGAGGCCGCUGCUGGAGCUGCCGCUGCUGCCGACGGCUCAGUCUCUCCUGCUGCCUCUAUCGCCGACGCAACACGUUCGGGUCCCCGAGUCCUCCUCGCGGAGGGGAGCGAUAGGAUCGGCGGAAGGGGUGGGCGUGGGCGCGGGGGGAGUGGUACACAGGGGAACGACGGCGGCAACGCUGGUCGCGUUCACGGUCGAGCCCGCCUUCAGCCAGCGCCGCGGCGACUCGGAGCAGCGCUGGCACCUGGCCGCCCGAGGCCCCUUCGGGGAUGGCAUAAGCAAGAGCAGACGCCACAAGAGCCAGAGCUCCAGCCGCCAUUGCCGACCGAACAAGAAGUGAAUGUCGCGGAUGCAGCAACAACGCAGAGACAGCAACGCAGAGAACGUCCGCAGCGACGGGAGGCGGGAGAACCGGCGCCGAACGCGCCUCCGACAGCGCAACGUGCAGCACGUGGUGCGGCGAGAGUUUGUUGGGUGGCACCGGCCACGCCGUGGCGUCCGGGUGGGCGUGCGGUGGGGAACGGUGGGGCGGCGGUGAGAGGGAGGAGGGGACGCGGAGCUAGAGCACGUGCGCCACCAGAGCCGACAAGGACGGGUCCUUGGCGGGCGAGGCACGGUCGGGAAAUCCCAACCGUUGUUGGGGGAGAGGGGGAAGAGGAUGAUGCUGACCAUUCGUCCGAUGAUGCCCCCUUUAUGGCAUCAGCCACACCCUCAUCGGAAGAGAUCUUGCUCGCCGAAGAGGGUGAGGAGGGACGACGUGGCAUACGCAAUCGUCAAGCCCAACACCCAACGGCAAGGGGGGAAGCGGCCCAAGCAAAUCCAGAGGACGACGUGGCGAAUGGGGCGGACAGCAGGGCUCAGGACGUCCUCCUGGUGCAUGGCGAGUGCUAUGCUUCCUACCACGGCUGA